AUGUACAUGUUGGCGCUCAUCCUGAUGCUGAAGAUCUAUCAGACUCGACACCCCGACAUCAACGCGUCGGCGCACUCUGCCUACAUGGUCAUGGCUCUGGUCAUCCUUGUGGGUGUCACUGGCGUGGUGAGUUUCCUCAGUUUUCCCCUCUUGCAAGACUAUGAGGGUGGGUAG